GUCUCGAUGAUUUACUAUUUAUCAGAGAGAAGUCUUCUCUCUGGUAUUACUAUUGUAAUAGUAAUAACUGGUCGACAAGGAAACUAGUAGAAGUGGUGGAAUGAUUCCGAGAAGAUUGAAUUACUCGUGCAAAUUAUUAUUCAACGAUCAAAGUAAUCCCUUAUCUAUAAAAAGACUUUCACGUAUAAAAAAUUUAGGGAAAUGAAGGGUGUUAAUUAUCGGAGGGAUUGUAAUAAACUAUUUUUAUUGUUAAUAUUUGGUUUUAUUACACAUUCGUUUUGUGAUAAUCUCUCUAGCAGCACAAAUGCCGGGGUUAAAUCACCGGCUGUCAGUAAACAAAAGCUUAAUGCAACAAAUUUAAAUAAUAAUCAUGAUAAUAUCAAUUAUGUUAAUAAUAAGGCUAAUGCUACAAAGAAUAAUCAAAAACCUUCAGUGAAUUUUUCUGAAUCUCAAAAGUCAGUUGGUGAUAAAAAUGGAAAUAGCACAAGUGUUGUGAAUAAACAGAGUGAUCAUAUAAAUAAUCAAACAGCAUCUGAUGGUUCUGAGAGCCUUAAAGGCCACAUGCUAUCACUAAAUUCAGGAGCUAUCAAACGUGCAUUUUAUGUUUUUGUUGGACUGAGUGUACUAAGCGUGGCCUAUUUGUUGUUCCGCAGCACUAGGUUACGCCAAAGCCCAGCACAAAUGGUUAGAAAAUAUGGUGUUUUAGCACACAAACAAGAUAUUGAAAUGAGACCACUACCUCUCGAUGAAGAUGAUGAAGAUGACACUGUUGUAUUUGAUGCGAGUGGAUUUACAAAAAACUUACAAACGAGUUCAAAAAAUUUUUAAGACAGAUUGGUAGUGUUAUAUCUCAUUAAUGCCUUAAUUUCUAUACGUGUAAUAUAAAAUUUAUAAAUAUCUGUGCGAUAUAUUAACUAAGUAUUCUAUUUUUAAAAAAUACUUAAGUCACUGUA